AUUGCUCCUUCCCUCAACACACUCCUUCCGCAAUGGAUUUCAAGUAGGAGCAUCUGCUCCCGAGAUCCCUCGAGCAUCGCAUCUCUACAUCCCAACAUCGUCCACACCGUCACCAUGCGUUACGAGAACUGGGAUGUUCUCCUCUUCCCCGAGGGCUCCAAAGUCCCCGUCCAGGAGUUCAAAACACAAUGCUUCGUUACCAGAGACACCGGAUCUCCAUACCUGCAGAACCCAACCAUUACCAGCCCGUCUUCCUACUACCCCGUUCAGGGGAAUUUCGGCCAGCUUCCCGUUCUGACCACCUUCGUGCCCAGUAUGGCCAAGGACAGUCCCUACCGGUUCUCCAUCCACAGCUGGGAGAAGCCUCGUCCGAGUCGUUUGAUUGAGGGCAUGAUGCAGCCGGAUGAUAUUCUGAUGUACGAAGCGCGUGUGUUUGUCGAUGGUGACUGCGUUGCUGGCGGUUUCUUCAGUCAGAGGACUCAGUGGCCGUAUGUGAUGGACCUCAGUUCUGUCAUCGACCGCGACGGCAACCAGGACAUGCUUCGCUUUCCUGCUUUCCACCGGGAGAUCCUGGAGCAGCGUCAUUGGGAUGCUGGUGAUGUCAAUGGUCGGAUCAGACUUGUUCUUGCGGAGGGUUUUUCUCGUCCACUUCGCUCGCCUCCUUUUGAAAGGGUCAAGGAUACCAUCGUGUUCUCGUUCCAGCAUGCUCCUCUCCAUAUACUCGAGUACUCCAACAUCGCCUGGCCCAACCCGAGCAUGUGGGCUCAUUCCCGAGCCGGCUUCAAGUAUACCACUGGCUCCUCCAGCGACUCAAAAGCGCCCGAUGAUGCUCACAGCCACUCUCCCACUAAGUCUGCCUCGGCUGGCUCGAGUUUCGCAGCAGCCAUGAGCAACCAUUCCAGUGGCCCGCACCACGUCUAUAACGCCUGGGCUCCGAACCGUGCUUUCCCUUUGCCUGUAUGGCAGCAUGGCUACCAAGACUCUCGAUAUGUGAACCAUCACCGGUUCCCUGAGCCGUUCGCUGAACCAGCCCCAUCUUUCCUCAACGAAGCUGGCUGGGGCCACCGUGGUGCUCGGUCAUCUCGAGAAGAUAUCCCCAUGCCCGAUUACUCCAGCUCUGCCAGCAGCCGCGCCAUCUCCGGCGGCACUGGUAUCAGCUACGACCAAGUGCACAUGGACGAUGAUCAGUACAACCUGCUGAUCCAGGCCCUCACGCCCACUAAAUCCGGUGGUGUGCGUGCACCAUCCAAUACCCCAUCGGCCACCGUGAAUGCAGCAAAGCUUGGAUUGAGCCCCAGUGGGAAUGUGAAGAGUAAGAAGGAAACGUUCCAAGAUGAUACUCAGGAGACGCCUAAGAAACUGGUCAAGCAGGUUGUCAAGGAUGCUGUCAAGGAGAACAGCCGUGAGGUCUCGGAGGAGAUGGAUGAUACCUCUAUUUCCACGUUGUAG